CAUAUACAAAACAAAAUACAUACUAAUAACUAAUUGAAGUGGUUGCCUAAUUUUUAUCAUCAAGAGGUUGGGUUCAGUGUUGAAGUGCGUUCUCAUUAUAUUAUGUUUAAUAUUUUUAUUUUGUAUUUGUAUUAUUUUUAAUUACAUUCGUUGCUAUAUGCGAUCUUUUAGAAAAUCACGUUAAGUAAUAUUUAAUUAUAUAAAUUUGUGAUAACCUCUGCCAUUCCCACUUUGAUAGCUGCUAAAUAAUAAGUUGUGGCAUGAUUGUGGCAUUCAAAUUCAGUGUAUUUUUAAGUUAAUAAGCAGUGAGGCAAAGAUGGGUGCUAAUAGAUAUUCUAGCAUUUUGAAAUUUUAUCGUACACCUGCAUUCACAGUUGCAAAAACAGAAGAAGUUUUGGAUAAACUUAUCUCAAAGAAUGCAUUAAUCCAUUCUGUACAAACAGAGUUGUGCUAUUAUGUAGAAAUUUCUGGAUCAAAAUUUACAGAAAUUGAAAAAGGUAAAUUAAUUUGGGUUCUUCAGGACAUAUUCAAUCCAGAAAACUUGACUGAAGAAUCUCAGUUAAAGGUAAAAGAAGACGAUUUAUUCAUUGAAGUUGGUCCACGGUUUAAUUUUUCAACUGCAAGUUCUACAAAUGCUGUAUCAAUAUGCCAAUCAAUUGGUCUAAGUGCAGUGAAACGUUUGGAAGUAUCUCGUAGAUAUGUAAUUGCAUUUUCUGGAAAAAUUACCCUUACAAAACAAGAUGAAGAGGAUUUGGUAUCAGUUCUUCAUGAUCGUAUGACUGAAUUCAGAUAUACAAAAGAAAAUAUUCCCAGAAAUAGCUUUAAUGAAAGUUUAAUUAAAAAGGAAGGUAUUAAAGAAAUAGAUGUACUAUCAAAAGGCAAAGAAGCUCUCAAGGAAAUUGAUAGAGAACUUGGAUUGGCAUUUGAUAAAAGUGAUCUUGAAUAUUAUACAACAUUAUUUAAAAAUAUAUUGAAAAGGAAUCCUACUAAUGUAGAAUGUUUUGAUUUGGCUCAGUCUAAUAGUGAGCACAGCAGGCAUUGGUUUUUCAAAGGAAAAAUUGUAAUUAAUGGGAAAGAAUAUGAAAAGUCUUUAAUUGAUAUGAUUAUCAAUACUCAACAGUACAGUAAUCCUAAUAAUGUUAUUAAAUUUAGUGAUAAUAGCAGUGCCAUAAAAGGAUAUAUACACCGUAGUUUGAGGCCAUUAACUCCAGGUGCUGUGAGUGAAUUGAAGCAAAUAAGUGCAGAGUCUCAUUUAAUAUUCACCGCUGAAACCCACAACUUUCCUACAGGAGUGGCGCCUUUUAGUGGAGCAACUACUGGCACGGGAGGACGUAUUAGGGAUGUUCAGGCAGUAGGAAGGGGUGGAUAUUGCAUUGCAGGAACUGCUGGCUACUCAGUAGGGAAUCUUCAUUUACCUGAGUAUCAUCUGCCUUGGGAAGAACCGACUUGGCAAUAUCCUUCAAAUUUCGCUUCGCCAUUAGAAAUUUUAAUAGAGGCUAGCAAUGGGGCUUCAGACUAUGGUAACAAGUUUGGCGAGCCUGUGAUUUGUGGAUUUGCUCGAACAUUUGGUGCCAUCGAUUUUUUUGGUGAUCGAAGGGAGUAUGUUAAACCUAUUAUGUUUAGUGGUGGUGUGGGAAGUAUGGAGGCAAGCAUGGUUGACAAAUUACCACCGAAAAAGGGACAACAAAUAGUUAAAAUUGGAGGUCCCGUGUACAGGAUCGGAGUAGGAGGCGGUUCAGCUAGUUCUAUUGAAAUUCAGGGCGAUAAUAAAGCGGACUUAGAUUUCAAUGCUGUCCAAAGAGGUGAUGCUGAAAUGGAAAAUAAAUUAAAUCGUGUAGUCCGUGCUUGCCUGGAGCUGGGCAAGAGGAAUCCAAUUUUGAGUAUCCAUGAUCAAGGAGCAGGUGGAAAUGGAAAUGUCCUGAAGGAACUAGUAGAACCUGCUGGAGGAAUUAUUUAUGCUUGUAAAUUUGAAUUGGGUGAUCCUACAAUAAAUGCAUUGGAACUUUGGGGAGCAGAAUAUCAAGAAAAUAAUGCUAUCCUCAUAAAUAAGGAAGAUGAACAGUUAUUACGGCGUAUCUGCGAAAGGGAGAGAUGCCCCGUUAACUUUGUGGGAGAAGUUACUGGUGAUGGUAAAGUGGUUUUGUCAUUGGAUUUGGAAAAAACUAAGAUACCUUUUAAUCUCGAACUGGAACAUGUUUUGGGUAAGAUGCCCAGAAAAGUGUUUAGGCUCGAGCGAAGGCAAAAUAUACCUCAUCAGUUAGAUCUACCUGAACCUCUUUCGAUUUAUAAGGCUCUCGAACAUGUUUUAAGGCUUCCUGCAGUUGCUAGUAAAAGAUAUUUAACAAACAAGGUCGACAGGUGCGUAACCGGUCUUGUGGCGCAACAGCAGUGUGUUGGCCCUCUACAUACUCCUCUGGCAGAUGUCGCGGUUACUGCUAUUUCCCAUUUUGGUUAUGAAGGUGUGGCGACUGCAAUUGGAGAACAACCAAUCAAAGGUCUAAUAAGUAAUGGCGCAGGAGCUCGAAUGACCGUUGCAGAGUCUCUUAGUAAUCUUGUUUUCGCAGCAAUAACAGAUCUUCGUGAUGUCAAAUGUAGUGGCAAUUGGAUGUGGCCAGCAAAACUUCCUGGCGAAGGCGCGGCCCUGUACGACACUUGCGAAGCGAUGUGCAAGAUUAUGUCUGAACUGGGUAUAGCCAUCGAUGGAGGUAAAGAUUCCCUGAGUAUGGCUGCUCGAGUUGGUAAUCAAACUGUUAAAGCACCUGGCACGCUUGUGGUGUCUACGUAUGCUCCUUGCCCCGACGUACGCAAAGUUGUUACCCCCGAUUUAAAAGCCCCCGCUAUGGGUAAAACGGGAACAUUGUUGUUUGUCGAUUUGUCGAAUAAUAAGUGUCGUCUGGGCGGAUCGGCACUUGCGCAGUGCUACAAGCAGUUAGGGCACGAGAGUCCUGACGUGGAUAAUGUAGAAGAUUUGAAGAACGCCUUCAACGCUACGCAGGAACUGAUCAAAGACGGCGCUAUUAGUGCGGGGCACGAUGUUAGCGACGGGGGGCUUAUUACAUGUAUUUUAGAGAUGUGCUUUGGGGGAAUGAGUGGGGUAGAAGUAAAUAUAAACUACAAGACGGGAAAAGUUAUACCUAUACUUUUCACUGAAGAGGUUGGUUGGGUGCUGGAAGUCUUAGAAAAAGACGUCGCGCACUGUAUGAUGGUCUUCCAGAAACAUAACGUCCCAGUGUAUAAAAUAGGCCGAAGUAUUGGAUUUGGGAUGAAAGCUAAGCUUUCCAUCGCGGUAAAUAAUGCAUGCAUAGAAAGUAGUGUGUUUCCUCUAAUGAAAAUGUGGGAAGAAACCAGCUACCAUCUGGAAUUACAGCAAACUAUUAAGGAGUGUGCAGACUCUGAAUUCGAUUCGUUAGGUUUAAGGACGCCUCCCAAGUAUAAGUUAACAUUCGACCCAGACGAGGAGUUUGCGGAAAGGACAAAGGGUGAGCAAGAUAUUUGUGUUGCCGUAAUAAGAGAAGAAGGGGUGAAUGGAGACAGAGAAAUGGCUGCAGCACUCGUGAGAGUUGGAUUUAAAGUUUGGGAUAUCACGAUGCAAGACCUGUUGAAUGGAAAAGCAAAUUUGAACCAAUUUAGGGGUGUCAUAUUUCCGGGAGGAUUUAGUUAUGCAGAUGUUUUGGGUUCUGCAAAGGGUUGGGCUGCAAAUAUUCUCUUCAACGAAAAAGUGCAAGAACAGUUUGAAAAGUUUGUUGCCCGUCCAGACACGUUCAGUUUGGGUGUUUGUAAUGGUUGUCAACUUAUGGCAUUAAUCGGUUGGAUUGGUCAGCCUGUGUCUGAGCAGAGCCCCCCGGAAAUCCUCCUGGAGCAUAAUAAGUCCGAACGUUUUGAAUGUCGCUGGAGUACCGUAAAAAUAGAAAAAUCCAAAUCUAUAAUGCUUCAGGGUAUGGAGGGAUCUGUGUUGGGUGUUUGGGUGGCCCAUGGCGAAGGGCGAUUUACAUUCCGAAACCACGAUGUUUAUAAUAAGCUUGUAAAUAAUCAUUGUGUUAGUUUAAGGUACACAGACGAUGAUGGCAUUCCUACUGAAAUAUAUCCUUUCAAUCCUAAUGGCAGCGUUGAUGGUCUUGCCGGGGUGUGCUCAAAAGAUGGCCGUCACUUGGCCAUGAUGCCCCACCCGGAAAGGUGCGUCCAACCCUUCCAAUGUCCUUAUGUUCCAUAUCAAUGGAGUAACUAUCAAAAAAGUCCAUGGGAGAGAAUGUUUGAGAAUGCCUACAACUGGUGCAGGUCAGAAAAGUUUCAUGUUGUUUAUUAUUAAUUUUUUUUCUUUAUUUGAUGAGGAGAUAAUUGCCUUUUUUGAGUUUAAUUUGAUUUGAGGUAUUAAAGUAUAAUCCCAUUUUAAAUUUUUAAAAUAUAUAUAAGAAAACAAAUUCGGUGUGGAAUUUAAACAAAAAGUCUCGAUUAAUUUUAGGUUUGUUGAUAAUACAACUUGUUUAGUUGUAUUUAUUCAAAUGUUUAUUUUUUAUGGAAGUUUACGAUAAGGAUUCUUAAGUUUUUUCUGCACCUUUUUGCUGAGUGACAUUUUUAAUUAUUUUUUAAAUCACUA